GGAUCGACAACUCCACCUUCAUUUGUCCAGAUGCCAGGGUCUCACAUGCUGCCCAGCUACUAUGGCAUGAGGCGUCCCUUCAUCUCAGAGUCAGACUUCUGCCAGUCCACCAAGCAGUUCUCUCCUGACAUCUAUUCAUCCACUCUGGGAGGUAAACCUCUGGGCUGCGAGCCCUCCGCCAUGAGCAGCUACUCCUCCCUCAUUGACAGCUACUACCCAGAGACCUUCGGUGAUUACCGCAGCGCCGCCGCCUUCUCCAGCUCUGGAGGAUCCUUUCUCCCCUCAUCGGCCCUCUCAUCCCUGCUGCCUUUCGGUGGAGAGUCCUCGCAUUUAUUUCUGAGAGAUUCAUGGGAGCAGUCAGUACCAGAGCCAGUUUCCCAGGUGGAGGCUCUGUGUCCAGACAGCCUGGCCUCCGUCAACGUCCCGCCCUCCAUGUCCAGCCCAGAGCACCCAGGGAGCCCCUCCCAGUACCGCUCCCCCAGCCGAGGCUCCUCUAUGGGCCCCGUGUCUAGCAGCCAACCCUACACCCUGCACUCUCUGGAGGACGCCCACUACCACUCCUUAACCACCACCAGCUCCUACCCGGUCCCCUCCACAUCCUUUGCCUGCCCUCCCUACAUGAGCAGCCCCGUCAGCGACCUGGUGUCCAAGAUGGUGACAGAGGAGGCAGCUGACAGCCACGCCAGCCUCCCUGCCAAUGGCGAGGCUCACUCCUGCUGGGCCAAAGAGGACGGAGUGAGCUCCUGGUCGCCCUACGAGAUCAGGAGGGCUUACUGACUGGAUGCCGGGCCUGAGGUUCCGAGUCCAUAGGAAGAUGGAGAUUUUACAGACAAUUAAAUAAUGGACUCAACAAGCACUUGACAAUACAGAGGAAACACACUCAGUCAAACAGUCGUGAAGUGUUUUGUUGAAAGGACAAUGUCAGUGCAAGAAUCAAGUUUGAAUAUGUUGGUAGGAGUGUGGUAGCCUAUGUUGACCAAGGUGCCCAUAGUACACCCUGACAUGAUGUAAAAAGUGUGUCUUUAUUGUUUGAUUUGUAUUAAAAGAGUGACAAGUA